GGUCAUAGUGCACGCAACUUCGGAAACGACAACUCCGGACUCUUGCCAAAUAUCAAAGGAAAAGCUCUGUACAUUCCACCCUUCUUCGACCGCCAUGCCAUCUCGUAACCAGCACGAGGAGGGCGAGUACAUGGGCAACAUUGGCUCGAUGCCUUGCUACCGCUGCAAACUCCGAGGAAACGGCCUGACGGACCCCAACUCGAAUUGGCGACUGUGGAAUGCAGAUAUGAAGGUAUAUCGGGACGGCACUGGAGACGGAGACCCGGACGAGGUGUUCGCGAACAAGGAGGAGGAAAUAUUGGCAAAAAUGGACCGACGACGCAAGGCAUUCAUGUGGUUCUCAGUGUCGGAAUCAUUGCGGGAACAGCACCUUACCGAUCUCGGAGGAAAAAAUGCGUCGAGCGAAGAUGUCUUUCGUCGUUUACACGAGCGCGUUGCACCGCCUGGCACGGCCUACAAACCGUUGGAGAAGUUGGUCAUAACCGAGCAAAUGAGGGCGGACAUCAAGAAGGCGGGUGAAGCCGUGGCGGCAAAGAAGUCUACACCGUGAAAACAUGCUGCUCGAAGAAACCAUUGGCAAAUACCUGCAAUUUUACAUGGCAUCUGGUCCGAAUCCAGUUAUCAACCAGAGUGUUUACUGUCACCUCGUCUGCCCCGCUCGUCAGUUAACCAAUGGCAACUUACCGCCGCCCUCCCUGGACUGUGGCUGACAGAGCUGCAGCCAGGGCGAAGAAGGGCCGCGACGAUGAACGU